AUUAUUACAAUAGUGGUAGAGCCGGAGGAAGGGGGUUCCUUAAUAAAUUUCUGGGAAGGUUCCAGAAAACUAAGCUUUUGAAGCUACAACGAAAACUGGUUAAGAUUCUUUGACUGCUUGGCAGAUGAUUUUCCAUUAUAGGAUAGUGUAUUAACUUUAACUGACAGAUGGUAGUAAUACGGGUAAAUACGUUAAAAGCAUUAAAGAAGAAAAUAUACUAACUUAGGAAAGAAAUUCAAGAGAAUGGUAAGUAAUAGCUGUGACUGCAUAUUUGUUACUCACUUAACAAAUAAAGGUGGUGCUUCUUCUCAUCCUUCAAUGCCUCUCCAUAAUCUAUAUAUGCCAUUAAAUUCACAGCACGUGCUUCGGUAUUGUUAGUCAUUUAACAAAUGAAGGUUGUGCAUCGUCUAAUCCUUCAAUACCUCUCCUUAAUCUAGAUACUCCUAUUGAAUUAACAGCGCAUGCUUCUGUAUUUUCUUAAAACACUUCCUAAACUUGCAAAGAGGGGAAUGGUGUUUCAUUUAUGAGGAUUAGAUGUAAGUUUUGAGGUUGUACUUUCGCUGCGGAGAGGAAACUGCCUUUCUAACGUAGUAGUCGGAAGCAAAUUUGUCCAGAUAUUCAUUGUAAAACUACUUGCAAGUUAUGGCUGGCUCCAAGAGAGAGAACAAGUACCUGUGUACAGAGAUUUAAUUAUCUCUCAGGGCCAGAGUUAGUCUCUAAGAGAAUAUCUUAAUUUUUAAGCAAGAGCCUUGAAGAAAAGUUUUCUUAGAUCUCAAAAGACACAGAAAAGUGCACUCAUCUUGCGCAACAAGCUGGGGUUUUUACUUGAUAGAUUCAUGGUUGCAGACGAGCUGAUAUCACUGGGGAAAAUUGCAUUUCCAUUAUUACUUUCUGGCCUGAUUUUGCACUCCAAGUCCAUAAUGUCCAUGUUAUUUUUGGGAUAUCUGGGGAACAUUGAGUUGGCUGGAGGCUCACUGUCAAUGGGAUUUGCAAACAUCACAGGCUACUCUGUAAUCAAGGGUCUGGCUAUGGGGAUGGAACCUAUAUGUUGCCAAGCUUAUGGAGCCAAAAAAUGGACAGUUCUUAGCCAAACUUUUAAACAGACCCUCUGCCUCCUAUUACUUGCAGCCAUUCCAAUCACCUUAUUAUGGCUGAACAUGGAGCCUAUCCUUCUGUCAUUUGGUCAGGAUGAGACCAUUACAUCAGUGGCAAAGGUAUUUAUCACAUACUCCAUUCCUGAAUUGCUUGCCCAAGCUCUCCUCCAUCCUUUGAGAAUUUUCAUAAGGGCACAAAAUCUAAUCAAACCCCUCCUUCUGUCUGCAACUUGUGCAAUGAUCCUCCACCUUCCAAUCAGCUACUUCCUUGCAAUAUAUUUGGAUUUGGGGAUUAGAGGAGUUGCUCUGGCCUCUGCUUGCAACACAUUAAACUUAAGUUUAGCUUUGCUAGCAUAUCUCUUCAUUUCAGAAACAGCAAUAAAACCUUGGGAUGGUCAAGCCGUAACCAAAUCCUAUCGACUUUGGCACCCACUGCUGACGCUCAUGGUUCCAAGUGUAUUAUCUGUGUGUUUAGAAUGGUGGUGGUAUGAGAUAAUGGUGCUACUAUGUGGGUUAAUUAAUAAUCCAGAGGCAAGUGUGGCUGCAAUGGGAAUUCUCAUACAAACAACGGGAGUUCUUUAUGUUUUUCCAAAUUCUCUAAGCUUAAGUUUAUCAAUGCGUGUUGGGCAAGACUUAGGGGCUGAAGCGCCCGCACAGGCACGGCAGACAACCAUUAUAGGACUUAUUAUAGCUAUGGUAUGGGGACUAGUAGCUUUUGCUUUCACAAUUGCAGUAAAGGAUGUGUGGGGAAAGGUAUACACAAGUGAGCCUCAGGUUCUUGCAUUGACAUCAGUUGUCUUACCUAUAUUGGGCUUUUGUGAGCUUGGAAACUGUCCUCAGACAGCGGCAUGUGGAGUCCUGGUAGGUUCUGCUAGACCUAAGGUGGGUGCUUGCAUAAAUUUUUGUUCAUUUUACCUUGUUGGUUUGCCUGUUGCUGCUUUUGCCGCAUUUAAAUUAGAGAUUGGUUUCCUUGGGUUGUGGUAUGGGCUUGCUGCAGCACAAGCCUCAUGUAUGUGUUUGAUGAUUUGCACUCUAGUUUUCACUGAUUGGAAGCACCAAGCUAAGAGAGCCAAGGAACUGACUCAAGCCGCGGAGGACCAGAAAAAUGAACUGGAAGCCGAUCUUCUUAGUUGAUAUUAGUUUUCUAGUAAUUCAAAACUAGAGCUCUUUUAACAUGAGAUGAUCCCCUAAUAAGCUAAACUAGCAAAAGAUCUUCAUGUUCCUUUUUUACUUGCUUUUAUCUAUUUUGGUCCUUUUUCUUUGGCAGGCUGGGAGAACCAACAUUGUUGCCAGCUUAUAGGAUAUGCAUUGGUAGAAUAACUGUACUUCUCUGCAAGUAACAGAAUUGACAAAUUUUAUCUUUAUCACUUAAUUGUGCAAUAUGAAACCAGGUUGCAAGUCAA